GUUCAGUAUCAUCUCAGCUAUCAUCCCCUCCAAGGAUGUCCACCCCUACCAGAACACCCUGUUUAAUGAAUUUCAAAAUUUCUAUUUUGAAUACAAAUUCUGAUCACGCCAUUGUUUGGAAGUCAAUUGGAAUUCAGCAGAAGAAGUGUAAUCAUAACAAGAAGCAUAAGAACACCGGAGGAUGUUGAUAUAGUAGGAUAUGAAAGCCCGAUAGCUGGAACCAGAUCAGCGACCUGUUUCGCACAAGGGAUUAGGAAGACGAAGAGCAGCAGGAAUAUAAACAACGGCGAUAUGACAUUUAAGUGGAUGAAGAUCACGAAAGUAUGAAGAUCCUCCCCCUUGGCAAGUCAAGAAAUCCUUCUCAUUCCAUCCAAGCGGUCACGUUCGAGAUUCCUUCGACAUAUCUUCGGUAAACCUCCUGGUGCGGCGAUCCGGCACAACCUGGAUCGUAAGCGACGCGAAGGGGAAGUUUGCCCAAUUAGCCCACAUAUAGAUCCGCCCAUGCCGUGGGGUGGCUUUCAACGGGAGUAUGCGCAGUGACAGGUGAGCGCAGCUUCUGGGGUUGGAGAAAAGGCAGAGCAGAGGAGGCAGCCCCGUUAACCCGUGGCGACGCGUCGGGUUAGGCACGUCGCGACCCCCGACGCCGAAACAUCAUCGGCCAUGAGACGGUCGGGUGCCGGUAACGGGCCACCAGUCUCGACGAUUUCGUUCCUACGAAUACCGUCCUCUUCGUCAUCGCUUAGGCCGCGAUUUUUCUAAUCGAGAUUCUCGAUUAAAGAUCGUACCUUCUUUCGCGGUUGCGAAGCAGCCACGGACAUCCCUGCAUUCGCGGACAUCCGCACUAGAGGGAAUAUAUAUUUAAAGAGGCAAGGAGAGGAGAGGGGACACUGAAUCUGGAGCACGAACAGGUGGUGCGGCAUCAGUCGAGCACUGGGGAGAGAUAUAUCGGGAGAAGUAACAGAUCGGUAGAAGCGUUACGUUGAAGAAACUCGAGAAAUUGGAGUUCCUAAGGUACUUACGCCACAAUAAACAUCCGCGCACGCUAUCUCGCUGCUAUUUUCUCUACCACGACACCCUAUACAAGGUAUUCUGGACAAUCAAUAUUUAUUGUGGAGAUCGUCGAAAGGAAGCGUUCCUUUCUCAACAACCUGUGAUCAUGCUCAGCCCAAAGAUGCAAAGGACCGUGAGGGUGAACGAUUCGCAACUGGUCAUGCUUUCGGAGAAAGCUCAUUACGAUCACUCGUUGACUGGAUAUUUGCACAAGCGGACCGCCGACUCAGGAAAGUGGCAAUUACGAUGGUUCGUUUUAUAUCAGAAUGUACUGUUUUACUACGAAAAUGAAAACUGUACGAGGCCCAGCGGCGUUGUUUUGUUGGAGGGCUGUUACUGCGAUCGUCUCAUCACCGCUAAAGGCAAAGAGCAGGAUAAACAGUGCUGUUUCGCAAUAUCCUACAGAAGGGAAAAUCAACGGCAGUACGAGCUGAAAGCAGCCACCGAGUCCGACUGUAAAACGUGGAUCGAUGCUAUACGCGAUGCCAGUUUCAACAAAUUGCUGUUGCAAAAGGAGGAGCUCGAGCAGAAGCACUUGCACCUGUUGCAGAUCGUCGAGAGCGAGAAGACGGCUAAGUGGCAGUACACACAGCAAUGCGAGGAGCUUGCAUCGGAAAUAAAGAAGCUCCGAGCGGAACUAUGCACUUUGAAGAAGGAACUUAGACCGGUAGCAUCGCCGUAUGCGACAAGACCCGGAGUUCAAAGGACCAUGUCUCAUGGAACCGGAAGCUUACACAUCUUGGGCCCGUCGUUGGGUAACGACGAUCAUGGCAUAGGAAUUUCCGGAUUCGGACUACGAGACAUCACGGAAGGAUCCAUCGAGAUGCAGAAGAUCAAAAAGGUUCAGAGCUUCUUCAGGGGCUGGCUGUGUCGUAGACGUUGGAAACAGAUCGUGGAGCAGUAUAUCAAAAGCCCUCAUGCAGAAAGUAUGCGCAAACGGAACAGCUUGGUAUUUCAAAUGGUGGAAGCUGAAGAGGAGUACACAGAACAGAUGGAAAUUUUAGUGAGCUGUUUCUUGAGGCCUUUCAAGAUGGCUGCCAGUUCAAAGAAACCCCCUUGUAGUCACGAGGACGUGAAUAGUAUAUUCUUAAAUAGCGAAACAGUGUUGUUCCUCCAUCAAAUCUUUCUGAAAGGUCUCACUUCGCGUAUGGAAAGCUGGCCCACUUUAGUCUUAGGUGAUUUAUUCGACAUGUUAUUACCAAUGUUGUCAAUUUAUCAAGAGUAUGUGAGAAAUCAUCAUUACAGUCUUCAGGUGUUAACUGAAUGCAAGCAAUCAUCACCCUCGUUUGCUGCAUUGCUCACUAGGUUGGAGAACAAGAAUGCUUGUGGGGGACGUUCUCUGGAGACUUUUCUAACAUAUCCUAUGCAUCAGAUUCCAAGGUAUAUUAUAACAUUGCACGAACUUUUGGCGCAUACUCCAUACGAUCACGUAGAACGAAAAAGCUUGCAAAAUGCAAGGCAACAGCUGGAGGAUCUAUCGAGACAAAUGCACGAUGAGGUCAGCGAGACGGAAAAUUUAAGAAAGAAUUUGGCCGUGGAGCGAAUGAUUGUCGAGGGUUGCGACAUUUUACUGGACGUUAAUCAAGUAUUCGUUCGACAGGGUACUCUUAUUCAGAUCAUAGAUAAACCAAAGGGAGCUCGAAGUAGAUUGAGCGCAACGUUCGGUGGCAAAGGAGGAGGCGAUAAGGAAGCAGCUAGGCAGUGCUUUCUUUUCUCGAAUCAUUUGUUGUUAACGACACGUCAAUCAGACGAUGAUGGUCGUUUGAAUCUGGUCCCACAAAUCGGGAAAAUACCUUUGUCCGAUGCGGUAUUAGUGGAAGAUCCCAACGAUCAGAGUACUGCGGAUGAUGACGAACUGUCAGUAUGUUCGAUGUCCAGCGGUAUCAGCGAGAGCAGCGGAAGUGGUAGCGGAAGUACAAGCACUCAGCUACAGAAUCGCGAUUUUAAAAUUAUUCUUGAUCUGAAAUCGGGUGGACCUCAAGUGACGGUGCACCUUGUAGCUCCUACAAUUCAGGAAAAGGCCGCCUGGAUCAGCGAUAUCAGCCAGUGCAUGGACAACGUACACUUCAACGAUUUACUUCGUGGCUCGUUGUCGGACACCAGUUCCGUCACGAUGCCUCAAUCAAUCAGAAACGACCCGAAGCUGUUCAAAGACGACGUGGAUAUCAGAUUUAGCAGGACUUUGAAUUCCUGCAAAGUUCCGCAGAUUCGUUCAGCCACACCUGAACGUCUACUUCAACGUCUGACGGAUCUGCGGUUUCUUAGCAUCGAUUUUCUUAACACAUUUUUGUUAACUUAUCGAGUGUUCACCGAUGGUGUGACAGUAUUGGAAGCCCUGAAGAAGGUGUUUUACGAAGCUGAACCACCUGAUUCUGAAAUUCCCACUGGUUCUCUUGUAUCAUUGGAUGUGUUGGGUGGAAAUACGACGGAAGGACAAUUGCACGUGGAUGACCGAAGAAGAAGUAGCAUCUCACCUCGAAGAACCAGCGGAGCUAGUUCCGUUUCCGGGUAUGGAUCUGAAAUUAGCGACAGUCGUGAAGCAAAAAGUCACGCUUCCUGCGAUUCCAGCGGAUAUACACUCAAUUCGAAAGGAUUUUGGCGAAGUGGGUAUCAAAAAGUGGACGAGGAGCAGCCAUUAGGGAUGCUCACAGAACCUCCUCCAAUUAUAAAACGUAGUCCUACGAUACAGUCGUCCACUGCAUCGAUUGGUUCCCAGUCAUCAUCAACGCCACACAAAAUCAGUAUUCGCGUGGAUAAAGAAAAGAAAGAAGAAGACGAUGGAUGCCACUUAACCAUACCAAAACUAAUUGCUGGUUCCUCCAGUUCUGAGACCCUUACAGAUAAUACUCUAAUAAGUGCACCAUCCUCUCCAAGCAAUCUGAGUUCUGUGACUUUAGUUGAGUCAACAGGAUCAGGAUCAGGCUCAGGAUCGGAUCGAAGCCCUCAGGAAGGAGGUACUUUUUCACGUGGUGUAUCUGAGGAUACUGAUACACCUGUGGCAUCGGAACCUCCAAAUGAUGUCGCGGAUUUCAGCUGCGAUGAUUCCGAACCCGAAACUCCAAAAUUGUCAAAAGAAGACCGAACACCCCCACCUGAUACACCUCCACCUUCACGAGUGAAGCCUGCUGAAAUAAAUGAGAAAGAAACAAGUAAAAAAGAAAAAGAGAAGUACCAUACAAUGGAGAGUGAUAGCACUAGCUCGACUGUACAGAUUCAAUCUUCUCAACAAAUUCAACAGAAACAAUUCCAUCAUUAUGAGCACAGAGCAUCGAUUGCAUCUGCACCUGGUGCUACUGCAAGAAGCAGUUCGAUUUCUACCAUAACUGGAAAUUAUUGGGCAAGCAGACGAUCAAUUCAAGAAACCGAAAUGUCUUCUCAACAAGGCAAUUUCCAGCACGAUCAAGCGUCCAGUAAAGCUGGAGUAGUGAUAACCAGUUUCCGGCAAAGUCAUCGAAGCGUUCGACCUGAAGCUAUCUGGAGCAGCACAUCGACGGCUGCAACUGCAUUUGCAAUUGCAACGUCUGCGUCAAGCAACCCUCCAGACAAAGGGAUAGAUGGAAACAAUCGGUGCGGUUCUUGUCGUGACAAAAACAGACGAAAGGAAUCAGUCAUGUCAACUGCAGCCACUAUGCGGGUGUUAAAUGUUUUGAGGCAUUGGGUUUCGAAACAUGCUCAAGAUUUCGAGUCUGAUCAAAAAUUGAAGAAUCUGACGAUAGAAUUUUUGGAGGAUAUCAUUUACUGCCCUAAUUUGUUACCAGCUGAACACAAAGCUGCAAGUCAACUUCUUAGGUUGAUCACCAAGGAAGAACCAGAAAGCAACAAAGUGGAUCUUAAGAGACUGUUAACUCCUCCAACUGUGCAAACUAAGGAAAGUAUUGAAACACUGUCUGCGUUAGAAAUCGCCGAACAAAUGACAUAUUUGGAUCAUAAGAUUUUCGUGUCCAUUUCCAGCGAGGAAUUCCUUGGCCAAGCAUGGAUGAAAACGGACAAGGCUGUCCGCGCACCCCAUAUACUUCUGAUGACAAAAAGAUUCAACGAAGUCUCGCAAUUGGUUGUUUCGGAAAUUAUUCGCCGUUCUAAUAUGUCUGCAAGGGUUGCAGCGAUUGAAAAAUGGACAGCUGUCGCAGAUAUCAGUAGAGUUUUGCACAACUAUAACGGGGUACUUCAAAUAUGUGCAGCUUUCACGAACAGCAGUGUCUUUAGAUUGAAAAAGACGUGGGAGAAAGUUUCGAAAACGACGAAGCAGACAAUCGAAAGACUUCAGACGAUCGUGUCGUCGGAUGGACGUUUCCGAAAUUUAAGAGAUGCCUUGCAUCGAUGCGACCCUCCUUGCAUCCCUUAUUUAGGACUAUAUCUAACCGAUCUUUCUUUUAUAGAAGAGGGUACACCAACCAUGACUGAGGACGGCCUUUUGAAUUUUUCAAAAAUGCGAAUGAUCGCUCACGUAAUUCGCGAAAUACGGCAUUUCCAACAAACGCCGUAUAAGAUCGAAUUGAUAACAAAGGUAACGAACUACUUGCUGGACCCAUCGUUGCUUCUGAACGAGAAAGAUUUGUAUCGGAUGUCCUUGGAGAUCGAGCCGAGAACAUCCAGGCUAAGUAGUUCGGCAUUGAUUAAUUUGCCACCCUCUGCAAGCCACGCGUCAACAAAGUGAAUCUAAGUGUCAAGUUACUUCAAAUAAUUAUCUUAUUCUUCAGCUAGAUUUUAGAUUAAAUGAAAAGAUCCAUAUUGAUUGUUAAACAUCUCGUCGUUGAGAGAAACAAGUAACCUUUAGAACCAGGCCUGGUCAACUGGACCCAGUACUCUGACCUUCUGAUCCAGCUGGAAGACAGGAUAAUUAAAGAAUGGUAAAAAGAAUAUUUCUAAUUUUUUUUUUCUAUUCUCGAAUAAUACAAUAAUAAUUUCUGUUUAUUUAAUCCUUUCACUAUUAUUAGUGCAAAGAGGUGACAUUUCAAAAAGGAAAGCUUGCAAUGGAAAUUUUCAUAUAACAAUUUAAAAUAGAAAUAUCUAUGUUUAAAAAUUUUUAUUUUGUUAUACGAAUAAUGCCCAACUCUGCUACUGAUAGUUAUUGCCCUUUCAGACAUAAUUUAGCUGCCCCAAGGGUGAUCGAGUUGUCCAGGUCUGCUUUAGAGGUCUAAAACGCGAUUUAAUCUUUCUACGAAUAGUAGUAUAUGAAAAAAAAAAAAAAGAUCGUCUCGUUUACCUGGUACUGUGAAAGAUACGCCAACGUACGAUAGUCAUAGUAAGAAGAGUUCAAAUUUUUAACCUCAAUGUUGAUUCUUUACGGAUUUUACAAAACAUGAUCCUCGUUCUUUGAUCGCAAGUAUGAGAUCGAUUGAUGUUUCACUGAAAAUUGUAAAUCCAUAGACGGAUCUGAGACGAGGGUGUAUCCUAUAUUUCCUCGAGGUUAUUCGAAAGUAGACGUCCCAUGUUUUCUCCCUUGCGAAUAGUAAUGAAACGAGAUCGUUUUGUGCCGGACUGGAGCCGAUGCAUUUUUAAAACCCCGUCCAUUUCUGUCCACUCCCGCUCGUCGUACGCAGUAACGUCCGUCUUUCUGUAUCUCAAACUCGUGAAUUUCAAUGUACAUUUACGUCGAAUCCACGGGACACGUAGUUGAGUUUCUUUGAAAAGAAAAGAAAAUACUAGAAACUGACAUACAAGAGAUGUGUUUCUUUAAGUACGGUCUAUUUUGAAAUAUGAAAAAAGUAGGACAAGUUGAUAUUUCCACAUUUCUUUAAAAUUUAGAAUUUUCUUAUUUAGCAAUUAUACAUAUUAAUUUUUAAUUUCUUAUGUUUUCUUACAACCAGAGUAUUAAUAUACACAAAUUAAUCAGAUAUUUCAAAAUGGAAUUUGCUUAGAAAAUAUACAGGGUGUAUCAUAAUAUUUUAAAUGAAUUUGAAAUAAUGAUAAAUCUUUAAUAACGACGAUUAAUGAUUUUACACAAAUGAAUCAACAACUAAAAAACUAAGGCAUCAAAUUAGUUCGUACAGUAUAUAGCACAGUAGGCUUCUCUCGGGAAAAUGGCAUUACAGGAGAAGCAGGAAUUUUUAAAAUCUUAAUUUUGACGAUAUUAAUAUUAAAAAUGAUUUAG